AUGGCGGCCGUUGCGUUGGCAACCUCGGGCCGCGCGGUCGUUGUUGCUGCCUCGGCCUUUAUUCCUACAAAACCCCCAGCCGUGCCAUUGGCCGUAAGAUCACCGUAUCUGAAUGCUUGGUUGCAGGGCGACUCGGGCUGUAUUCUUCCUGGUUCCUGGCCCCGGUUCUGGACAGGUCAAAUACAGGGCUGGCAAGGUCUGGUCGCUGUUGACGGGACUGUCUACAACUGGAUGGGCGCAGCUCCUGGUCCGGCGCUUGUUGACCAGAUAUCUCUUGAGUAUACCUCAACACGGAGCAUCUUUACCUUCAACGUAGCAGGAAAAGUCAACUUGACCGUUACAUUCUUAUCCCCAGUCUAUCCUGACGAUCUCGGAAGGCAGUCUUUACAGUUUUCUUACAUCUCUGCCAAAGUAAAGUCCUCGGAUGGGGCAUCACACAGUGUCCAGGUUUAUAUGGAUGUUUCCGGAGAAUGGGCCAGUGGCGAUCUCUCUCAGGUCGUGAACUGGGAUUCCGGCACGGCUGGGGAUAUUACCUAUCACAAGUUUUUCCGUGCCAACCAAGCCGAGUUUGCGGAAUCAGGGGAAAUCGCCAGCUGGGGAAACUGGUAUCUAUCAACCAGCUCUGAAAAAGGUAUGACUUGGCAGAUUGGCCAAGACACGCUGGUCCGAGGCCAGUUCGCGGACAAGAGAACGCUAGCAAACACAAAAGACAGCAAUUUUCGUUCGGUGAGCUCAAAUUGGCCGGUCUUUGCAUUCUCACAUGAUUUGGGCAAUGUCCAGGGGAGCGAUGUUGAGAGACUGUUCACUCUGGGUGUGACUCAAGAUCAAGUCAUCAACUUUGCUGGACAUAUCCAGUCCUUGGCGCCUGUGCCGGGCCUGUGGUUGGCAUACUAUAACGACGACAUCUCUGCCGUCACUGCUUUUUUCGACGACUAUCAACACGCAAGCUCCGUGUCCUCAAGUCUCGACAGCUACAUUCAAACCGACUCUGUUAAGGCGGCCGGGAAUAACUACGCCAUCGUCACGACGCUUGCCGUUCGCCAAACAUUUGGUGCGCUCCAGUAUGCUGGCACCGCACCAAAACCCUAUAUCUUCUUGAAGGAGAUAAGCUCCAACAGCGACAUCCAGACGGUCGAUGUCAUUUUCCCCGCAUACCCGAUCUUCAUAUACCUAAAUGCGACACUCGGCAAGUAUCUGCUAGACCCGCUCUUUGAGAACCAGGAGAGCGGAUCAUACCCGAAUGCAUACGCAGAACACGAUCUCGGCACCUUUCCGAUGGCCAAAGGGUAUCCGGCCGGUGACGACGAAGCCAUGCCCCUAGAGGAAUGCGGUAACAUGAUCAUUAUGACACUGGCUUACGCUCAACGGACGGGCGACAUCGGCUACUUGUCGGCCCAUUAUCCUAAAUUGUCCCAGUGGGCACAAUUCCUGGUUAACGACUCUCUUAUCCCCUCAAACCAACUUAGUACGGACGACUUUGCAGGAACACUGGCCAAUCAGACAAACUUGGCUAUAAAGGGCAUAAUUGGCCUCAAGGCCAUGUCGAAGAUUGCCAGCCUGACAAAUAACAAAGAUACGUUCGGUACUGUGGCGGAUAUGUACUUGGCCAACUGGAAGCAAUAUGCCAUCAACAAUAAUGCAAAUCCACCUCACACGACAUUGAGUUACGGUGAUAACAACAGUCAUGGUCUGCUUUACAACAUCUACGCGGAUAAGCUUCUCGGCCUCAACUUCAUCGACCAGUCUAUCUACGACAUGCAGAGCAAGUUUUACCCAACAGUCGCUCUCAAGUAUGCUGUACCGCUAGACACGCGCCACACGUGGGCAAAGUCGGAUUGGGAGAUGUUUGCGGCUGCCGUUGCCAGUACAGAAACACGAGACAUGUUCAUCUCGAAGCUCGCGAACUGGGUCGGGGAAACGUCAUCAGACAGAGCCAUGACUGAUCUCUUCGACGCAGCAACUGGUGGAUUUCCGCAAGAUGGCCCGACCUUUGUGGCGCGGCCAGUCAUGGGCGGCAUGUUUGCUUUACUGGCAUUGCCCAAUUAG